AUGUUUAUGCCGUUCUUCUGGUUUCUGGUUUGUUUUAUUGCUGUCGCCGGUUCAGAUUUUGCGAAUGCCUCUGGUGUAACAUUCGCAGAAUGCCAGGAAGCUCUUUGUGAAAAGAAAGAACCCAACUAUCCAGCGCUAGAGACGCACUUUGUCAUUUCUCGAAUUGACUGCUUGGCCCGCUGCCUUGGUAACGACUUGUGUAACUUUGUUGGCCAUUACGCUAACCUUUGCAAAUUCUUUACCACACCGAACCUGGCCAAUGACAUGCGGCACUCUACCACGGAGUGGAAAUUCUGGAUAAGACCUAAUCUUUGUGACAGUAACCCGUGCUUAAAUUUUUCGACUUGCCAACAACGUCGAGAUUUCUACAAAUGUUUGUGUGGCAUACAAUAUGGUGGAACACGAUGUGAAGAGAAAGUGAGUUGCACAUCUGCUCCCUGCCAUAAUAAUGCCUCCUGUGUAGUUAUGACCGGUGAUGGUGAUUUUGAAUGUAUUUGUUUAACUGGGUACACAGGAGAACUAUGUGAAUCUACAAUAUAAACCAUCUCCACGCAUACAAGAAAUAU